AAAUGUACGAAAAUCGCCUAAAAUGAAAACCCAUAGCCUACGAUAUCGCUAGCAUGGGUUUGACACAGCCUUCAUAGGAAGAGCUUCGAUAGAUUACGUCAGUUUUUCUACAACACCAACAUCUAAGUUCUUAUAUAACCCCUCUAUAUUGGAGUCAGGCCUCUUUCUAUUAUUUCGUCGUUCUAAUCAACUUUGAGGUCUGAAGCCAUUGGUUUCCAAGGUUCCUUCCAGCUAAAAGCAAUGUUCCUCUCCGUUCCAUUUAUCCCUCCACAAUAUGUGGACAAGCUCGUGAUAUCAUCUGAAUUGAACGGUCUCACGCCAACUCCGACCGCUGCCGGUCUCGUUACUGCUCUCUUCGGUAUCUUCUUUCUCGUCAAUUGGCCACCGUCGCCAUUUGAACGUGUAGGAAAGAUAUGGCUACUUUCAUUCCUCUCCGGCUGGAACGCCAUGACAUUUACAAUGGAGAAACACAUUGCGGAAGGGUACACGAAGGUCAUAAAGAGGUCUGGCAAGCCGUUUGUGAUGAAAUGGUGGGCAAUGGAUUACGUUUUCCUACCACCGAAAUACCUUCAUGACUUGAAAAGAGCGGAUACGCACGAACUAAGCUUUUUCGAAAACAUUAGUAAGGCUUUUAGUUUGUAUGCAUCUGUUGAUGACCUCUACUCAUCCGAACUGAUGAUCGAUAUCGUGAAAAGGGGUAUCAACACAAACCUUCGCCAAAUUAUACCUCUUUUGGAUGAAGAAAGCAAUCAUGCAUUUUCCAUGGAAGUCGGUACCGCAACAGACUGGAAACCCUUCAUAGCGGCCGACCUCUCCGGCAGGAUCAUGCAUCGCAGUACAAGUAGGAUACUCAUUGGAACGGAACUUUGCCGUAACGAGUCUUACCUGAAGACUUCGCAGAAACUUGCGGAUUCAAUCUUUAUCCACGGCCUCGUUAUGUCCAUGCUACCAUUUAGGUCUAUUUUCCGCAGCUCAUACGACUUCCUCUUCACUCGCUUCCACCUCAGAAACCUUCGGAAAGCGAUGGAAGUCAUACUCCCCGUAGUGCAAGCACGCUUUGACGAAUUCCAGGCACGGGAAUCAUCGAGCGAAAAAGACCACACUAAGCCUCUGGACGCCAUAGAAUGGAGUCUCGAGUUCUCAAAGGGGAACGCAAGAGAGCACAACCCGCGCUGGAUCGCGCUUUCACUCCUCCACAACAUCUGGGCCGGCAGCUCAGCGCCCGGAGGACUCGUAACACAAAUGGUCUUCCAAGUCCUGACGGAGCCACAAUAUCUCGAGCCCCUGCGCGCAGAGGCAGAGGCAGCUCUCAGGCCUCACGGCUACACCGACAAGGCUUUGGAUAACAUGCCGUUAAUGGACUCGUUCAUACGGGAACUCAACAGGGUCUAUCCUACGGGAGCGGUUACAUGUGCACGUACCGUCAUGAAUCCCGGUGGUUUCCGGUUCCAUGACGGACUCCAUCUGCGACAAGGCACUAAGAUCGCGGUGCCGGCGCUUGCUAUUCAGACGGAUCCAGAAAACUUCGAUGAUCCACUUACUGUCGAUGCGUUCCGGUUUGCGCGUCUCCGCGAGGCCGCUAGUGAUAAUGUCGGAGACGAGGGUGAACAUAAUUGGGGCGCGGCGACGGCCUCGGAGACGAAUCUAGCUUUCGGAUACGGCAAACACGCGUGUCCGGGUCGUUUUUACGCCGUGCGGAAAGCGAAGCUUAUUUUCAGCAAGCUCAUUUUGGAGUACGAUUUGAAAUGGGAGGGUGUGAAGACGAGGCCGCCGAGUUUGUCGGUGAAUGGGCAGUUCGCGCCGAAUCAGUCGCAGAAGAUAUUCCUGAGGAAGAGGACUACUACCUAGUAUAGAACGAUAACCUAGGUGGGUGGCGUAAAUGCGAGCGGCUUACAUGGUAGUUUAUUUUGGAAUUCCCCUACCUCUGACUGGACUAUGAGAUUCUUCCCUGCGUGGUCAGGGAAAUGAAGCUUCUGCACGACUUGCAUGAUAUCUAUCUAUGGGGAACGUAUGGACGUCGGUCUAGAAUAGAUUGAUGAUUCGAUGAGUAUAGGUACCUAGUAGAUGCUUCUUUCUAGGUAUCUGCGUAUCCCUUAAUUUCAGUAGGUAGGUGGGUAAUCACGUUGGAGCAAGGAGCUGGAAGGAGGAUUCCCUUACUUGUUCUGGAGCAAAUCUCAUGAUAACCUGUUGGUCGGUAACACAGAAGGGAUUUUUGGGAGGUAUCUGCUUCCACACCGUUUUUGCUGCCACACUGCUGGAUAGGGCUAAUAACCCGCAUGAUUACAGCCAAUAGACGCGGGUAUCACUUCGGCCUCCGGGGUGGCUGGUCGGCAACCGAGUACUUCUAGAC